AUGAGGAGCAAUUCCUGCGAACGAAAUAUCGGUGCCCUUAACCUAAGCAUCAGAAAUAUACCCAAAGAACGCAAAACUGAAAACAAGUUAAACGACGGAUUGAACGCCGGGUCCGACAGUCCCUCUCCUCCUAACUAUUACGACGUGAACCGCAUUGUCAUCGAAAGGGGCAGAAAAAGGGCACAAAUCAUGAAAGAAGAGACUAAACACCUCGAGAUUCAGGGCCAGAGACAGCGCUCCGAUGCCGUCGACGGUAUGGUUGCCGUAUUGAGUGCUCUCUACUGUAAAUUACUAGUCGUAAUAGGCGUUUGUUUCCCAAUGGCUGAAGUAAUAUCCCAUCGCAUACCUAUCGGUUGGUACGAAGGCUUCUACCUAUACCUAUACAUGGGGUCAAUACUGUUCCUCAUAUUUGUAUACCUAUUUCUAUUACACCGACACCACAACAAACCGAUGGGAAGAUUGCAGCGAUUGUUUCAGUACAUCGUCCGGAAGCGCACAUUUCUGUCCACGGCGUCAGCCGUCGCCGAAUCGGACUCUGAAAACGGUAUUAAAACCUCAAUUGAUUCGCAGAGCGAUGAGUACGCGACCGAAGGCCAGACACUACAGUGCGGCUCAUUUUAUCUGAGGGUCGGUGCCGUCGCCUUUGGCAUCGGGUCUAUGAUCUACUCGGGCCUCGAAUUCGCGCAGUUUUUUGAGCUCGAGUCCAAAGAGCACUGCUAUAACUUUCUGUACGGCUUCACACCGGGCUCUCACGUGGCCUUCACUUUCAUUCAAUUGUAUUUCAUUUUCAUGAACUCCAGAGUACUUAUCGGUCGACACAAACUAAUUGCACGUUUCGGACUCAUGCAUAUGAUUGCCACCAAUAUAUGCGUUUGGCUACAUGUGCUCAUACAGGAGACCAAACACCAGAUUAUGCUAAUAGUGAACCCAAACACCACUGAACUGUUGCCCGACUUCUCGAUCGCUUGGGAACACGUGGACGAUGUGGUCGAAGAGAUCUCCGAAGACUAUCUCGAGUCGAUUGGACCGUCGUAUCCGUCGGGCGCUCUUAAGGCCAAUCACCAGAUAGUGAGGCGAUCGCUGGCCGACCACUCCAUAAGUAUGACACACGGAGAGUGUCGGCGAUCCAACGUAAUCGGCGAUCUGGUCCGCGACGCCUCGCAAUUCCUGUUCCCGUGUACUAUAGAGUACUCUCUCAUCUGCGCCGCCAUCCUAUAUAUCAUGUGGAAAGGCGUUGAGGACAGGCAUCCCUUUGCCGACUCUCUCAUCUGCGCCGCCAUCCUAUAUAUCAUGUGGAAAGGCGUUGAGGACAGGCAUGUGGACUGCGCUAAAGCACACAAAGGCUUAUUCACCGGAAUAUUCCUAUUAGUGAUUAGUAUCAUAUCAUUGAUAAUAUUCUUUGUGUUCAUAAAGAAACCGCAAUUCAGACACUUGGCUGUACUCCAGGCCCACAUCAUUGAGCUCUUUAUUUAUUGCAUUAAUGCCAUCGCAUGUCUUAUCGCCUUAUUUCAGGUCCGACAGUUGCCAUACAAUCGGCACAGAAAUGUUGAAUUGGAUAACAUAUUGCUGAUUGUGGCCCAAAUUGGUCUCUAUAUAUUCACCAUGUUUUCGAUAAUUGGCGCCCAAUUCUUUACACUACAACAGAAUACGAAACUAGUAUUAAUCAAUGCCCUGGCCUGUAUCAUCCAGGCCACCCUGCAAUCCAUUUUUAUCCUAGAUGCCUCCCAUCGUUACGCCUCCACUCCCGACCAGAUGCGCCGAAAGCCGGGCCGUGAAAUGGUCACAUUCCUGUUGGUCUGCAACUUCGCGAUGUGGUCUAUCAAUACACUCGAGACCAGACGUGCCGACUCUAAUCCCGUCCAAAUGCACUUCUAU